GUUAUCUCGUUGAAAUGGAACCCAUCGUAGUGAUCAACCUUUAUGGAACAUCGAACCUAAACCCUCCAUCUAUUUGGAAAAACAUAAACAUUAAGCACAAGAAUGUUCGGAGUGGUAUUCCCCAAUCGAAGCUUCCCAAUGGACAUCUCUAGCUUCACCCAAAUCGGCACCUUCCAUUGGGUCCUCGACAUGAACACUUUCAUUGGUGAGGCCUACCAUCAAAUUCGUGAAAUCUGCAUCUUCCUUUUGAACAGCUUCACUUUGCCUCCGGGCAAGGCUUUAGCUGUCUACGUCCAGUCCCCUGGCUCUCCCUUCGUUUUCUGCGGCGCCGUCACUUUACAGCGCCCCUCCGCUGUGCUUUCCCUCAUGUGGCCAGAGCCCGGUGGCCAGAUGCAGUUACCCUCUCCUGACUCUGCCACGCCCUCCGCCAAGAUCGGUGUCUCGGUGGAGGAUCUAACUUCCCUGCCGUCCUUGGAUGUGGCUGCCGAGAAGAAGAUCGAACGGCUGGCGUUGAAAGUUGGGGAGAACUUGUUCAAUUUUAUGCAGUCGUUUUGUGGGGUUGAUGGGUCUAAGUUGGUGGUGCCUAUGGACAUUUUGGAUAGAUGGUUUAAAAAAUUUCAGGAGAAAGCCAAGCGUGAUCCUGACCACUUGAAGGGUUUUGUGUUGUAAUUUUCUGUAACUUUCUUUCUCAAGGUAACUUUUAAGGUUCUUGAAUCGUUACAGUCUUAAGUUACCAAAUCAAGUAAAUUAUGCAAUUGUUGUAGUUAGAACUUGAGUAUGCAGAUUUUUUUUUUUUUUUUGGUAAUCUUUAAAAAUGAAGUUUCCUGGUUUUAGUUUCAAUUCUGACUUCAAUAUGGUACUUCGCAAAUACAACGUAAUUGAAUAGUUGGUAGGGUAUUACUAAUAAGUUGCCAGGAGAGGUUGUGCUAAGCUUGGUUAUGGUAACCAGAAUUACUCUUAACACAAUUACUCAUGCUGAAUGCUUUGUUUGCUACUAGUUGCUUUGUGGAAUGAUUUCUGUGAGUAUACUGAUUUCAAUC